GCACCAACAUGGCGGCGCCGCGCCUUCGCCCGCCCUGUGCGCGCGCCCCGCCGGGGGGCGGAGCUCCGCGCGCGCUUUGGCGCGAAGUUCCAUCGCGGUGCCGGCGGGACGUGCUGAGGGGCGGCGCUUUUCCUUGGGAAUCAUGAACACCCGGCAGCAAAGCAAACUUACCUACUCCUGGUAUGGAAGACCUGCGAGCUCAGACAGAAAGCUGAGGACUUUCCAGUACAAGGGGAUUAUUAUUACAUCAGAACGCAGCAAAACAGAAACGUGUAUACAACUUGGUGACUUUAUUUUAGUUGAAGGGGUGAAUGCAGAUCAGCCUUACGUGGCACAACUUGUGGAUUUAUAUGAAGAUGGUGCUCAGCAUAAACGUGCAGUUGUGCAGUGGUUCUGUCGUUUGGAGGAGAUACCUCAGAACAAACGGAAGCUGCUUAAAAGAGAGGUUUCUCCCCAGGAGGUGUUUUUGGAUCAGAUUCUGGGUUAUGACACUGAUAUAGCAGCAGAGACCAUUAUUAAAAGCAUCGGGGUACUACCACUACAUCUGGAUGAGGAACUGCCUAUUAUUACAUUAAACAAGGAAAAACCUUUCUAUGUCAAACAGUCUUGGGAUGGGAAGUGCUUUAAGGUUUUGUCCCCAGACACAUUCUCUAAGCUGAAAGAAGCUAGCAAGAMAAGAGGUGUCAUAUCAAACUCUUCAAAAGCAUUCAUUCCUCCAGACAACCUUACACCUGUGAAAAAAGAGAUGGAGAGUUUUGUUCGGAGUGCCACAAAACCAAAAAGUGUUGAUAUGAAAAUAGAGCCAAAACAUUCUGCUUCCAAGUCCUCCCUUGCUAAGGAGAGGCAUUGUCAACGAGUGGCUAAUAGUGACAUCAAAACCCCGACAGCAAGGAAGAAGCUGGAGUUAAACAGUCCUACAAGAUCUAAAGGCAGGCUCCUGGGAUGUGAAGUUUUGGGUCUUUUGGAUGAUGACUUUGACGCUGUAGCACCAUUAGAACCAUCAGCUACUAAAAGAAAAGUGAAGUUCACAAGUGACAUUUUAGGCUCACCACCAAAAAUCCCCUGCAGCAAUGACAAGUCCAAGUCAGCAUCUGAGACUGCAGAGGACUGCCAGAGGUUCAGUGACACAAUACGAUUGUCCCCMUACACUAAAAUCAGAGAUUUCAGUGAAAAAGACAAGAAUCUUCAUGUGAAAGAUGACACUAUAUCUUUAGUUGGGUAUCAGAAACCGAGCACUCAGAGCCCUAUGUUGACCCCUCGUUCUCGCAGAACAUGUGCACAGAAAACAAGUGCUCUCAUUGCAGAGCAAAUCAGCGUGUUGAACCAGGAAGAUACUCUGUCUAGCUCUGACAGUUCCUACUCUUCAAGUAGUGAGGAAGAGGAGGAUGAUGAUGUGCCUUGUACACCMGAAAAGAAAACUAAAUCCAGCACCCCAAAAUCUUCAAGGAAAUCUGCAGUUCACACUCCUGCAAAGACACCAAAGAAAACUCCUUUAUCAAGAACACCCAGAACACCCCGGAAUGCAACUCCAGAGAUUCCCAGGCGCAUCCAGGCAGCCCAGGAACCAGCUAGUGUACUGGAAGAAGCUAGAUUAAGGCUGCAUGUUUCUGCUAUCCCAGAAUCUCUGCCUUGUCGUGAGGAAGAAUUCCAGGAUAUCUAUAACUUUGUGGAAAGCAAGCUUAUUGAUGGCACAGGAGGGUGCAUGUACAUUUCUGGAGUGCCUGGAACAGGUAAAACUGCAACUGUUCAUGAAGUAAUUCGGUGUCUUCAGCAAGCUGCAGAAAAUGAUGAACUGCCACCAUUCCAGUGUGUGGAGAUCAAUGGCAUGAAGCUGACAGACCCUCACCAAGCCUAUGUGCAGAUAUUAGAGUUCCUGACAGGUCAGAAGGUGACAGCAACCCAUGCUGCAGUACUGCUGGCAAAGUUGUUCAGUACACCUGGGCCAAAGAGGAAGACCACAGUGCUUGUAGUGGAUGAGCUUGAUCUGCUGUGGACCCGGAAACAGAAUGUGAUGUACAACUUAUUUGACUGGCCAACCCAAAAGCACUCCAAGUUAAUCAUCCUGGCCAUUGCCAACACCAUGGACUUGCCAGAGAGAAUCAUGAUGAACAGAGUAGCAAGCAGGCUGGGCCUCACCAGAAUGUCCUUUCAGCCCUACACCUACAAACAGUUACAGCAAAUUGUUUCAUCCAGACUGAAGGGUGUGAAGGCAUUUGAAGAGGAUGCARUUCAGCUGGUUUCCAGAAAGGUGGCAGCGCUGUCCGGGGAUGCCCGGCGGUGCCUGGACAUCUGCAGGAGAGCCACAGAGAUCUGCGAGUUUGCCAGGCAGAAGAGAACCCCGGAGAUUGUCAGGAUGUCCCACGUGACUGACGCCAUAGAUGAAAUGUUUUCAUCACCAUAUGUCAAUGCAAUCAGGAAUGCUUCAUUGCAUGAACAAAUCUUCUUGAAAGCAAUUUUAGCAGAGUUUCGCAGGGCAGGAGUUGAGGAGGCAACAGUUCAACAGGUCUACCGGCACCACGUGGCCUUGUGCAGGAUGGAAGGCCUGCAGAGUCCUACAGUGUCAGAAAUUAUGGCAAUUUGUUCCAGACUUGGUGCCUGCMGGCUCUUGCUGGUAGAGGCCAGUAAUAAAUAUCUGCAUGUGCGGGUGCGACUGAACCUCAGCCAGGAUGAUGUYAUGUAUGCACUCAGGGAGGAAUAAAGUAAAAGAUUUUAUUGCUUUUAGUAUGUAUAAAUAUUUUAAAUACCAUCUAUUUUAAUUAAUUGUUGAUAAAAUGGAAAUAGCAAAAUGUAUUUUUUUAAAAUGCUUUGCUUACUUAAUGCACUCCUUUUGAUAAUAAAGAAUUGAUUUCAAAGCAUUUUAAAU